AUGGCGACCGUUACCGGCAAUCGUGCGGCUCCUCCGGCGCAUGAUAUAUCGGCGUCCCAUCCAUACACCUGCAAUACCUGCCAGGUAGCUUUCCGCAACAGCGACCUGCAGAAGGGCCACAUGAGGAAUGACUGGCACCGGUAUAACCUCAAGCGCCGCGUUGCGACCCUUCCGCCCAUCUCCUCCGAGGUCUUUACGGAGAAGGUUCUCCAGGCCCGAGCUUCCACCACCGCAGAGGCCGAACGCGCUGGUUUCCAGACAGAAUGCGGCCUCUGCCACAAGACGUACUUUAGUGAGAACUCCUAUCAGAACCACAUCGGGAGCCAGAAGCACAAGGCAAAGGCCGCGGCUCAGCUGAGGAAGGGCCGCAACGGCGUCGCUGCCGAUGAUGCCAGCUCCAUGAUCAGCUCCACCUUCUCCUUGGGAGAGCCCGUCGCAUCCAACACCUCAGAGGUCGACUCCGAUGCCGAGGAGGAGUUCAAUCACAUUGUCGAGGGCAUGAGGAAGACCGGUAUAGCAGAGCAGAAACGCCCCUCGCCCGUCAAGCGACCAUCCAACCCUCAAAUCUCGGCAAGGACCCAGCGUCCUGAAGACCACCCAGUCUCAGAGGCAUCCAGCGAACAGCAGUCUGCGACACCGACCCCAUCCAAGGCCCCUGAUGGAGUGCAAGCAACACUAACCCUCAAGCACUGCCUGUUUUGCAAUCACGAGUCUCCCGACGUGCCCUUGAACGUCAGCCACAUGGAAAAGACUCACGGCAUGUUCAUCCCUGAAAAGCAAUAUCUGGUUGAUAUCAAGGGUUUGUUGCGAUCCUUGCAAGAGCGCAUACAGGAGUACCACGAAUGUCUGGUCUGUGGCAAGGCCAAGGCAAACGCGUAUGCUGCGCAAACCCAUAUGCGUGAUACUGGCCACUGCAAGAUCCCCUACACUACCGAGGAUGAACAGCUCGAGAUUGGAGAGUUCUAUGAUUUCCGCAGCACUUACUCGGACGAUGAGAUGGACGAUGACGAGUCAGACGAUGAGGAAUCGCCUCAAGCCGGUGGCGUAAAGCUCGGCAGUAAGCGGGCGGCGGUCACCACGAAUGAGGACGGUGAGGAGAUCGAAGAAGCUGAGGAUGCAGGUUGGGAGACGGAUUCUUCAGCUUCAUCACUCGACUCUGCCGACCUCACUGCUGUCCCUGCAGAAAAUCACUACCACCAAUACGAGCGCUUGGAAAAACAUGCCCACCACUCUCGCAGCGACUCGAGACCUCAUCGCCAGAGAGAUGGCUGGCAUUCGCAUUCGCACAAGCCCACUCGAGCAGUCUUCUACGACGAGUAUGAACUUCAUCUCCCAAGUGGCAGGGCCGUUGGCCAUAGGUCUCUGAACAAGUACUACCGCCAGAACCUGCGAGAGCGACCGUUCCUCGAGGGUCAUCAGCAGCACCAGCUGGCUCUGGAGGACGGCGACCCGGAUGCCAUGGAUGUCGAUGGCGAGGAGGGCACCAACGGCCAGCAGAUUGUCCUUAGCGGGCGCGUUCGUGACCAGAGGAGGCAGCUUGUCGGCCGUGGCGCCGAAGGUGGCGGUGGCAUGGUGGGUGUCUCGGACAAGAAGAAGAAGGAGGUGGGCAAGGCGGCACAGCGAAGCCGCAAGGUGGAGCAUGCCCACCAGAGGAGGAACGAGUGGUCGGUCAACAAGCAGGCGAACCACCAGAAGCACUACCACUACAGUAUUUUGUAG